UUCAGUUUGAUUGCUGAUUAUACGUCGCAAAUCUGUCGUUGAUUAGACUAUUCGGAUCGCUGGAAGAUUUGUGAAUGCGUGCGACAUAUCUCAUACUUAUCACCAUUAUGUAAGCCUCAAUAAUGUUUUAAAACGAUAAGCAAUUUGACAGGUCCAUUCGGACACGGCGUGACAAUGUUUUUGACAGUCACAACUCAAGGUACACUCAAAAUGUGGCGCGAACUGUAUACAUCGCGCGCGCAUUGUUAUUGUCUAUUGCAGUUUUAAUUAAGUUACAUUUUUAUUAAAAAUGUCGGCCAGUAAAAGAAAUUAUUCUCCUUUCGUCAAACAAAGUUUCGUGACGGCAGCGGUAUGCAUAAACAUAGUGUGCCACGGGUGUGUCAUGGGCUUUCCCGCCAUCCUGUUACCUCAGUUGCGCCAACCCGACUCUCCCCUCGCCGUCCCUAAGAGCACAGAAUCCUGGAUCGCAUCAGUCCAUUCCAUCAGCAUGCUGCUGGGCUACUUCCUGACGCCGCCUAUAAUGGAGCGGCUCGGGCGCAAAUUGGCGCACUACACUGUCUGCAUACCCUUCCUUGUGGGCUGGUUCAUGAUCGUCAUGGCAGAUAGUGUACAUGUAAUAAUAAUAGGUCGUAUACUGCAAGGUCUAUCAAGCGGUCUGCUGACGACGCUGCGCUCGGUGCUAAUAGGAGAGUACACUAGCCCACGCAACCGCGGUGCUUUUCUCACUACCAUCUCGCUGGCGCAAGCGUUCGGCAUCUUCUUCGUGCACCUGGUGGGCUCCCUUCUCAGCUGGCAGCUCACCGCGCUCGUCUGCGCCUUCUUCGCCUACACCAGCUUCAUCAUGACCAUGUUCAUCCCGGAGUCGCCCAGCUGGCUCGUCGCGCGGGGCAGGUUCGACGAAUGCAGGGCCGUGUUUCAUUGGCUGCGCGGCCACGCUGAGGAUGACGAACUCGAAGACAUGAUCAAUGCCAGAAUAGCGUACGAGAAAGCUAUCAUCAGAGAUAGAUCCUCGAAACAUAGCCGAAUUGACAAGAUCUGGUCGACAAUGAGUAAAAAGGAGUUCUAUAAACCCAUUAUUCUGAUGAUCCACGGGAAUAUCCUGAUGCAGUUUGCAGGUGGUACUACCAUGUCGGCGUACUCCACAGUUAUAAUAGGUCUUCUGAUGGGGCCUAGCGCCAACGCGCACUUCUGGAUGGUGUUCCUGGACACGCAGAGAAUUAUCUCGAAUAGUGUGGCGGUGUACGUCAUCAACAGGACGAAGAGACGAACGAUGUUGUUCUCGACGGGCGCGCUCUGCGUCGUCAGCCACUUGGCGAUAGCCGCCUACGUAUACGCGAGGAACGAGGGGAUAUUCGUGUACGAUGCAAUAUGGUUGCCGGCGUUGCUCAUUAAUAUCCAGUUCUUCACGGUGGCAGUGGGCAUGGUGCCCUUGCCUAAUGUGAUAGCGGGAGAGGUAUUCCCGUUGGAGCACAGAAGUAUUUGUGGGAGCAUCAGUUUGAUGACGGGUGGGAGCUUCAUGUUCGUGUCAUUGAAGACGUUCCCCUACUUAGUAGACGCGAGUGGUCUUCAGGGUACGUAUUUGCUAUACGCGGUGCUGCUGACGUACAAUCUGACAGUGAUGUGGGUGAUGCUGCCGGAGACUCGCGGCAAGACGCUGCAGCAGAUCGAGGAAGAGUUCCGUGGCCGGCCGCUGCGCCCCGAGGAGGCUGAGGCACGCCACUCUCUGCAGAUGGACCCCGUAGAGGUCUACAAGAGCAAGCUCUCACUGAGGCGAUGUAGUAGCGCAGUACUAUAG